AGAAAACACAAGUGUUACUGUAUUUGCCAGCAACAGGACUGUGACACAUGAUUUGGCCUUUGAGAAAAGGUUUACUGCUUUUCAAUCAUAACUCUUUUCCCCUCUCCCUUCCAUGGUGGGUUCACCAUAGCUCAAAGCUUUGCACACAAGUGGUCAAAUGUCUUCCUAGAGAGAGAAAGAAAGGGAAAGUCCGUGAAGGAAGAAAAAUGUUAGAAUUUUGGAGAAGAAGAAUGUGAAAAGGGAAAGUUUUUAUGUUUAUUUGACUUGAGUCACUUCCUUCGAUCUACAUCUGGAUUUUGCAGGAAAAUGAGGAAACAUGGGUGGCAACUUCCUUACCAUCCUCUUCAGGUGGUGGCUGUUGCUGUGUUCUUGGCUCUUGGGUUUGCUUUCUACGUCUUCUUUGCUCCUUUUGUUGGGAGCAAGCUUCAUCAGUACAUUGCCAUGGGUAUAUACUCUCCUCUGAUUACAUGUGUGGUUGGACUGUAUAUAUGGUGUGCUGCAUCAGAUCCUGCAGACCGUGGAGUUUUCCGGUCAAAGAAGUACCUGAAAGUUCCUGAAAACGAGAAAUUUACUCAAUCAAAAGAUACAAAAGAUGGAUGUGGAUCAACUCCAGGUGGUGCCAAGUCUCAUGACAGCACAUGUGUCCAGGAUCAAGAAAAUAGAACUAGCAAGAAACUGGAGUCAUCACAAAAAUCGUCUAUCCUGCGUCUGCUCUGCUCUCCUUGUGCACUGCUCUGUGGUUGUUGCAGUGGAAGAGGCGAAUCUUCUGAGCAGCAGACGAGUGAGGAUGGGAUGUUUUAUUGCACUCUGUGUGAAGUUGAGGUCUUCAAAUACAGCAAGCAUUGCAGAGUUUGUGACAAAUGUGUGGACAGUUUUGAUCAUCACUGCAGGUGGAUAAACAACUGCAUUGGCAAGCGGAAUUACAGAAAGUUCUUCAGCCUUAUGGUAUCAGCUAUCUUUUUGCUCAUAAUGCAAUGGUCAACUGGAAUUUAUGUGCUGGUGUUAUGUCUACUCCGAAGGAACCAGUUUAAUGUAGACAUUGCCUUCAAGUUGGGAAGCAGCUUUUCGCUAGUUCCAUUUGUUAUAGUUAUUGGAGUUUGCACUCUAUUAGCAAUGCUGGCAACGCUACCGCUUGCUCAGCUCUUCUUCUUCCACAUUCUUCUCGUUAAAAAGGGGAUAAGUACAUACGACUACAUAGUUGCACUUAGGGAACAAGAGCAAGAGCUUGAAGGUGGUGGAGGUCAGCAAAGCCCUCAAAUGUCAAUGAUCAGCUCAUUCACUGGACUAAGCAGUGCAAGUUCCUUCAACGCAUUUCACCGUGGAGCUUGGUGCACUCCACCGCGUCUGUUUGUUGAGGAUCAGUUUGAUGUAGUUCCUCCAGAGAAUGCGUCUGUAAGUUCAUAUGGGAAGAAGACAGUAGUAGCUGAGGAACACGUCAAGAAGAAACAACCUGUGAAGAUAAGUCCAUGGACUCUAGCGCGUCUCAAUGCAGAAGAAGUCUCAAAGGCAGCAGCAGAAGCGAGGAAGAAAUCCAAGAUCAUCCAGCCUUUGGCUAGACGUGAAAACCCUUUUGUUGGGUUAGAAGCAAGCAGCAGUGGCCGUAGAAUGUUCCCUGCAAAAUUUGAAGCUGUUAAUAGUAACGGGAAGCUGCAGAGAAGGCAAUCUAAGCGCAUACGGUUACCAGCAGAACCACUAAUGAAUGUUCAGAGUAGAGCAGCUAGCUCAGGGCUAGCACCUCUUCAGCUUGAAGCAAGAAGCGCGUUUCAGACAAGCCGAGAGAUGUCAGGGUCAGGUGGUGGUGUUAUGGUUGCAUCUUCACCAGAGAGCAGCUUAGAAGACUCACAUGACAUUCACCCUUUUAGAGUUUCGUCUGAAGCAGAGAAUUCAAUGCAACUCGAUGGGUUUUCUUCAGCUGUUGGUCUGAUGAGUAAUCAACAGAUAGAACAACAAAAACAACAGCAAUCCAUGAUGAUGAUGACACUGUCAAGGUCUACAAGUGAUGGCUAUGAUGCAUCUGGUGGUGAAGACAGUGAUCAGGUUCCUUCUAGAAACAUCCACAAAUCAAGAUGAGAAGUAAUCACCCUAGUUUUGGCUUUUAAGAGUUGAAAAUGCUUGAGGUGGCUGGUCACAUUCAAAUGGAUUGAUCAAAGAGAAAACAACAUCCUCAUACAAAUGAUAUAUGGGGGAUCUUACAGUGUUCACAAGGAGCUCUUAGGAGAAAGACAAGAACAAGGCUUCUGUGGAUUCUUGAGAUUUGCUAUUUUUAAGGCAAUGAGAGCAGUUUGAACAUAUGAUCUUUUAGGGAUUGACCAGAACUUUCUUUUCAUGUUAUGUUAGAAAAAUUCUUUGUUUUUUUUGUGUGAAAAAAAAUGUCAAGUUGCACAAUUCA